AUGACCCAACCGCACAAAACCAUCGCCGUGGUCAAUGCCACUGGCCGCCAGGCCGCCUCGCUCAUCCGCGUCGCCUCCGCCGUAGGAUAUGCCGUGCGCGCUCACACCCACACGCUCAAAGGCGUAAUAGCCGCCGAGCUGGCAUCCCUGCCCAAUGUGACGCUCAUCCAGGGCAACCUGCUCGCCAACCCGUCGCUGAUGGACGAAGUCUUUAAAGGCUGCCAGCUCGCAUUCAUCAACACCGUCUCGCAGGCCGGCGACGAGGUCGCAAUGGGCCGCGCGCUCGCCGAUGCCGCCAAACGAGCCGGCUCCGUCCAGCACUACGUCUACAGCAGCAUGCCCGAUCAUUCCGUGCAUGGCCCGUGGCCCGGUCUGCCCAUGUGGGCGUGCAAAUUUACCGUCGAAAACUACGUGCGCCAGCUCGGCAUCCCCGCGACGUUCGUCUAUGCCGGUAUCUACAACAACAACUUCACCAGUCUCCCGUACCCGCUCUUCCAGAUGGAGCUCAAGCCGGAUGGGAGUUUCGAAUGGGCCGCGCCGUUCGCGCCAGACGUGCCGCUGCCAUGGCUCGACGCUGAGCACGACGUGGGACCGGCCUUGAUUCAGAUCUUCAAAGACGGGCCGCAGAAGUGGAACGGCCAUCGAAUCGCACUCACCUUCGAAACACUAUCUCCCAUUCAGGUCUGUAAUGCAUUUUCUCGCGCGCUCGGACGACGCUGUCAGUAUCGGCGCACCAACAAGAUCGAAAUCAAAGUCGGCAUUCCAGCGGGGUACCGCGAGCAACUGGAAGGACUCGAGAAACUAUUUGGACAGCUGGAGGCGCCGUACUUCCCGCAGCCCGAAUUCAACGCGCCGGCGGCCGGAUCGCCCAAGGGCCUUGGGCCUGCGGGCGGCAAGGGCGCUGGCGCAGGCGUGAUGCAGGGGCCGGGCGGCGUGGUGUCGCAGCGUGUCACGGAUGAGGCCCGCCGGCUGUGGCAGGGCUGGCGGGACAUGGAAGAGUACGCGCGCGAGGUAUUUCCAGUAGAGGAGGAAGCGAAUGGACUAGAGUGGAUGUUAUAA